CUGUCCACUUACUGUAAAACAAGGCCUCUUUUUGUCCUCAACUUCAUCAGACUCACAUGUUUCAAAGAGGAGGGGAAGAUAUAGGUGGGACAGAUGAGAGAGAGAGAGAGAAAGAAAGAAAGAAUAGUGAUAGAAAGACAAAGUCUCAGAAUCAGAGAGCUCUCAUGUCAUUUCUAACCAUAUCUAAAUAUACAAGUGUGACAUUUAAUUUACUUGUAAAACUGUCAGUUUGAGCAAGGAAACUUAACUAGAACAAGGAUCUGAAUCGCCGGUCUUGGAUUUGGAUAUGGAAGAGCAUCAGAUCACAGAGAACGGCAAAAUGCAGGGUACGGGGAAUGACAUUGAUGCCAUAGACUUUCAGUUGCAGGCAAUGUGGGUGGAGCUAAAAUCAGGAGUUGGAAGCGUGGUGGAAGAUUUUGCCACCCUACGGCAAACCUACAGCCGACUGGAGGAGAAAGUCUCCAGCUAUCAGCAAGACACCAACGACAAGAUUCUGUCUCUCAGAAACACACUUAACACAUUGCAGGAAGAUGUAAGUACAGCUCUAACACAGCUCUCUGAAGUUAAAAGCAACCAAAAAGACCUACAGCGGGACCUGGACCUCAUGCAGAGCACACAGCACAGGAAAGGCUCCAGGGGGGAGGGGUCGGUGGAUGGCCACGCCUCUCUGAACAGCCAAACAGAGAUCAGCCUCAUUCAGCAUUACAUUAGCAGCCUAUCGGCCAAUCCGAACCCUUUCCCUGACCAUGAUGGACAAAAGAAGUCUCCAGUGUGGAGGGAGAGGAAAAACAGCCGAGAGCUGAACAACUCAACUAUAACUCAGAGGCAGGCGGCAGCGCUGGAGCUGUUGGAGUCUGAGAGAGUGUAUGUGUCGUAUCUCUCACUCCUGUUAAAGGCCAACAUCAGCUUUAACGGCUCCGAGAAUGUCAACCUCAAAGACAAACGGCCUUUCCCUCCCUCUCUGCGCUUCUUGAUUCAGCAGCAUCUGGAGCUCCUACAUCUCCUCCAGGAGAGAGUGCUAAAGAGCCACUGGCAAGGCAUCAUGGGGGAUGUAUUUCUAAGGCUCACCAGCAAAGAAAGUGAUUUUCUGGACCAUUAUGUGUCGUAUCUACGAGACCUGCCAGAAUGCUUGACGGUUGUUAGUCUGUUCUCCUCUUCAAAAUCAGGCAGCUUACUGGAGAGUGACAUCACAGGGGAUGAGACGCGUCCAGCGCUGUACUCUCUGCUUCUACAGCCUGUCCAACGUAUCCCAGAAUACCACACACUCCUGCAGAGUCUCCUGCAGCAGACAGAGUCCGAGCAUCCUGAUUAUUACCUGUUACUGGUGUCUGUGCAGCAGCUUCGAUCCUUCAUGACGCAGUACAACCAUCUGCUACAGCACAACCAGGAGCUCCUCACACACAGCCACGCCCUGCGAGAACACACACACAACCUGUGCACACAUCAGCAGGAGAGACCCUCACACACGCGCAAAGAGCUCAGCAGGUCUACAGUGAGACAGCUGUAUAAAGUUGACUAUGAGAAGAAUUACAGCAGCAGCAGCAGCACACAGAAUGAUGCCUCUCGACGUAACAAGCGCUACCCUGACUAUGAAGCGGCCCCCUAUCACUACGACCCAGAAGUCCCAUCUCCUGUGUCAUUCCUAUCUGACUCUGAGUCUCGCCACAAAGCUAUUUCAGUUCCCUUGCGCAGCAUACCAGAAACAGAGGGAGCAGGAUCCGCUCUCGCUGAUGCUCUGGGCCCGCUUUAUCCCUAUGGAGCCGGAGACUCUCGCUGCUCAAGCCCCUCUCAUUCAUCCGACUCCAGCAUUGAUAUUGCUUUUGUGCGCUGCAGUCCUUCCCACAGUCCACCUCGACAGUCCCACAACAGAGGCCGAAGUGCUGGCGGUGUUGUUUACAGGUCGAACAGAACCUGUGUGUCUCCCGACUCGGCUGACAUUGUGAGACCACGCCCUCUACAGGCUGUGCAGAGGAAGAGCAAGUCACUGAACGGCCUGCAGAUGGACAGCAUUGAUAGCCUUAACAGCCAGACGAAAAACCCUGCCCAUCCGAGGCUGGAGCGCCAGUCAAGUGGCAAAUCAAGACUGAGAGCCAGCAGUCCAAAACACAGAUAUGAGACACAUACUGACACAGAGGAGCAACCACGACUACCACACCAAAAGGACUCUAGAAGCCUGGUGUGGGAGGAGCUCAAGUUGAGGGGCGUGUCUGACGACUAUGACCACACCCCAUUAAGUGAACGUAGUAGGAAAGAAGGAAAAGGAUUUAGGAACUCCUUCAAAAAACUCUUUAAAAAGAAGUCUAAUGACGGAAAGGAGAAGGCAACAGUGAAAGCUGAAUGUCAAAGCAGCGGAGAGAUGGAGACCGUCAAAACCCUUCAAACGGUAGACAUUGACAGAGGAACUGCUGUUUAAGCUCCAAUAUUAGAGCUUCUCCGGUGGUUUUGCUUCCAGGCAAAUUUUACACAAAACCUCAAAGAGUGAUCUGAUGUGCUUUUUGGCCUUUAGUGUUCAUGCAUUCAUUCAUUUUCCUUCGGCUUAGUCCCUUUAUUUAUCAGGGGUCACCACAAUGGAAUGAACCGCCAACUUAUCCAGUAUAUGUUUUACAGAGCGGAUGCCCUUCCAGCUGCAACACAGUACUGAGAAACACCCUCACAUUCACACACAUACACUACGGCCAAUUCACCUAUAGCGCAUGUCAUUGGACUGUGAGGCAAACCACACGAACACUGGGAGAACAUGCCAACUGACCCAGCUUGGACUCGGACCAGCAAACUUCUUGCUGUGAGGCGACAGUGCUAACCACUUAGCCAUGGUGUCGGCCCAUCUUUAGCAUUUGGUUUUUAAAUGUCUCUUGACUGCUGAUGGUUUGAUGUUCUUAAUAACAGUCUAGCUGUAAGUAAACCUGGGUUUCUUUCAUGAUUUUAGAGAUAGUGGAAGAUAUGACACGAAAGCCCAUCAAAAUAAAGGUUGAAGUGGUAUCAAAAUAUGGAGUUUGUUGGAAGCAAAACCUUCGCCAUUAGUAACAAAUGGGAUGUAUUUUCUCCAUGGUUUUAGGAUUGUUUAUUUACAGCUGUUUACAAUUCAAAUUGACCUACAGUUAAAGUCAGAAUUGUUAGCCCCCCUGAAUUAUUAACCCCUAACCCCUAAAUUAUUUCAAUGUCGUGGACAGAAGAUUUUUUCAACACAUUUCUAAACAUAAUAGUUUUAAUAACUCAUUUCUAUUAACUGAUUUAUUUUAUCUUUGCCAUGAUGACAGUAAAUAAUAUUUAUCAAGAUACAGCUUAAAGUGACAUUUAAAGGUUUAACUAGGUUAAUUAGGUUAACUAGGCAAGUUAGGGUAAUUAGGCAAGUCAUUAUAUAACGAUGGUUUGUUCUGUAGACUAUCGAAAAAAUAUAGCUCAAGGGGCUUAUAAUUUUGACCUUAAAAUGUUUGUUGAAAAAUUAAAAACUGCUUUAAUUCUAGUCAAAAUAAGAAGAAAAAAUAUUAUCAGACAUAUACUGUGAAAAUUUCCUUAUUCUGUUAAACAUAAUUUAAGAAAUAUUUGAAAAAAAAUAAGAAAAAAUCAAAGGGGGGCUAAUAACUCUGACUUCAACUGUAUGUGGCUACAACUCAUUUUUGGUCACAAUGAUAUUUGAGAAUCACUGUUCAAAAAUUGCUUGGUAAAAUCCUUGAACUCGAUUUAUUUUGCAUGCUGAAGUCAAAUUUAAUAAGAAACAUUAUUUAAAUGCAUUAUUUAUGUAAAUAUAUAAUUACUCAAAAAAGGUAUAUUCAUCUAUAUCUUCAGGUGUCUUAGUUAAGGCUGCUCUUUGUCUGCCCAAAUUCAGUGUUAAGACAUGAUGCUGCAUAUAAAAGCCCAAUUAAAUCAUUGCUUGCCCAGA